AGAUGGAAAAAGGGAACCGACGGAAUGGCUACCCAGUGCCGGAGCCCUCGGUGCACGGCGGAGAGGAAGGGAUUCCGGCGGGAACUUGACUCCUGGCGGCACCGGCUCAUCCACUGUGUAGGGUUUGAGAGCAUCUUAGAAGGGCUGUAUGGACCAGGAUUACGUAGAGACCUCAGUUUAUUUGAUGACUGUGAACCUGAAGAACUGGUCGAUUGGUGUGCGGACGAUAGAUGUUCGUUAUGUAGCCUUCGUAAAGAUACAGUCAGUGACUGCACACCAUCGGCUGAUUCAGCACAGUCCACACCUACAGGGGAACUGAUAUCUCAGGGCCAGUUCAAUGCAGAGAAAAUUGAAUGCCAAGCUGAAAAUUACUUAAAUGCACUCUUUCAAAAGAAAGAUCUUCCUCAGAACUGUGAUCCUAACAUUCCACUUGUAGCUCAGGAACUAAUGAAAAAAAUGAUACGUCAGUUUGCGAUUGAAUACGUUUCGAAAAGUCGAAAGCUUCAUCAGGAAAACAAUGGGACGCUGCUUGACCCUGCCGUGGCACGCAACAGCGUCCAGCUCAACCAGGACCUACUUCAGGAAGAACAAGAUGGGCCUUUAGACCUCACUGUCACUCGAAUAGAAGAAAACUUUCAAUGCGAGGAUGGCGUGUUGGACCUCUCAAUUAAAAAGAAUGGUCUUGAAGAAAAUUCAAAAAUGAAAAACUCAAAGAUAGGGAGACUGCAGGGAGACAGAGAGGACUACUUGGAGCGAAGUCCUGAAUUUGCAGACGGUUUGCUUUCUAAGGCACUAAAAGAUAUUCAGUUGGGAACACUGGAUGUUAAUAAAGCAGCCAUACUUUAUGGCAUACCUCAAAAAACCUUGCUACUUCACUUAAAAGCCUUACCGGCAGGCAAGCCUGCAUAUUUAAAACACACAGCUCAAAAUUGUAACGAUGGGUAUUUGUACAAAGACGCUACUGAAACAUGUGCAGUCCUGCAGAAGGUGGCCCUGUGGGCCAAGGCUCAAGCAGAGCACACAGAGAAAAAUAAACUCAGUCUACUUGAAACCUCGGAACUGAAACUCCCAACAGCUUCCAAUUACCUCCAUCAGUUGACUUUACAGAGAAUGGUCGCUCAGUUCAAAGAAAAAAAGGAAGGUGUGCAUUAUGAAUCAUCGGUUCCUCCUGUACAGUUAAAAAUUCCUCAGGUACGAGUUAGUUCUUUGCCCAAACCACAGCCAGAUAAUUCUGGUCUUCUGGAUGUUAUGUAUCAAGUCACGAAAACAUCUACAGUCUUGGAAGGACCAUCUCUCCAGAAACUGAAAAACAUACUCCCUAAGCAAAACAAGGUCGAAUGUUCUGGAGCCAUAACGCGCUCAAAUGCCGAUUCCUACGUUCUCCACGGGGACCUUUCUCCUUUGUGUCUUAAUUCAAAGAACGGAACGGGUGAUGUAUCUUCAGACAAUCCAGAUGACGAUCGGAAGGAUAAGCAGCCAAGGAAAAAACGUGGCCGGUAUAGGCAGUACGAUCAUGAAAUAAUGGAAGAGGCAAUCGGCAUGGUAUUAAGCGGAAAAAUGAGCGUUUCCAAAGCACAAGGAAUAUAUGGAGUACCGCACAGCACUUUAGAAUACAAGGUCAAAGAAAGGUCUGGAACGCUGAAAAAUCCACCGAAAAAGAAGCUUCGCUUAGCGGAUACCGAGUUAUACAGUGUUGUGAAUUCAGGGACUGGCAACUCUAGAAAUAACAGCACGCCAAUGUAGAUUAGUUAUGAAAUAACUAUAUUGUGUGUAUUUGUGCACACAGUUGGUGUACGCAUACAUUUUUAUACGGCAAAAGACCCUCAAAGAGCUGCGAAACGAGGAAAAAAAAUAUGGUUAAAAAAAAAAAGAAAAACCACAUACAUGCCUUUCAAAUAAUUUUAUUCAGGGUUUUCACUGUGGACUAAUUUUGUUGCACACCUAAUUCUGAUACUUUCUACUGAGCAUACAGUUGCAGAAACUGAUGAAGAGAUUCAGGGUUUUUGGUUUAUAGUUCAGAGCAUAUAACACUCCAUAUAUAUAUAUAUAAAUAUAUAUAAAUGACAAAACAAAUAUUUGUUUUAAAAAAUAACUUCCAUUCCUCAUAAUUUACCGUUUAUCUUAUAUAUUUAAGAUUCUACCAAGUUUUUUUUUUUUUAUAUUUAUGGUUAAAACUAUAUCUGUACCAGCUGGAAUCGUGAGAUGUUAAGAGGCUACGGAUGCAUGCAGUAUUACCAUAAUACAGAGUAACCGCAUCCCAGCAGACGGAAGCGCAUGAGAGAGCGUUCUCGAUCCUUCAAAUCUAGAAUGCCAAUAUGUUGUAAAAGUAUGAGAAAUACUGAUUUUUAUUUAAAGGCAUUUAGUAACAAGACUGACACUAAUGAACUUCAAGCUCACAUACCAGUAGUAAAAGAAAGUCAUGGCUCACGUUGACAUAAUAGAUAU